AUGUACAGAUCAAAAUCAAGAGAUGAGACUAAAGCAAGAUCUGAGAGGGUAAACCCCAGCGUCGCCAAGCCCGGGUUCCGGAACUGGCAGACGCCUCCAACCCGCAGUAAUCUGGACCCCGGAGAGCGCCCUUUUAGCCGCAGGCUGGACGGAACCCGCGCUCUGGACCGGCCCGGCCUGACAGCCUCGCUGCUGGCUGGUGGGAUAGCAGGUGUUUUUGUGGACUUGAUAUUAUUUCCACUGGAUACCAUUAAAACCAGGCUGCAGAGUCCCCAGGGAUUUAAGAAGGAUGGUGGCUUUCGUGGAAUAUAUGCUGGUGUUCCUUUUAAUGCUAUUGGAUCCUUCCCUAAUGACUGGCUUAUUUUAAAUUUCAGCUUUUGCUUUUUUAUCACCUAUGAAUAUGUGAAAAGUUUUUUGCACACUGAUUCAUCUUUAUAUUUGGUGCCUGUGAAGCAUAUGUUGGCUGCCUCGGCUGGAGAAGUGGUUGCUUGCCUGAUUUGAGUUCCUUCUGAAAUAGUUAAGCAGAAGGCACAGGUAUCAGCUUCUUCAAGAACAUUUAAAAUUUUCUCAAACAACCUAUAUGAAGAGGGCAUCCAAGGACUAUAUUGAGGCUACAAGAGCACACUUUUGUGAGAGAGUGGAGAACACGUCAAAGACCCGGCGGUAGAAAAAAUGGAACUUCUACAGCAAAUAUUUGCAGAAAUAAUCGAAAAGGUGAGGAAGAGCAACCGAGAGCUCUGGACUCUGUUCAUUCAGCAAGACUCCUACAUUCAAGAGCUGCAGGAGUACAAUCUUCUGAAAAAGACCAAAGAGGACAAACUGCAUCUGAAGGCUCAGCUGAAAGUUGUCACCAUUCAUGCAAAGAGAAAUGAAGCUGAGCAGGAGCAAGUGCAGAAGCAAGAGGUGGAAGAACAGGAGGAGUAG